AUGAAGUUACGACAUCUUGAAAGUCACCUAGAAAAUGUUGAGCGCUUCAAGGAACCAAAAAUUGCAUUGGAACAGUAUGUGACUUCUCCACAUAUUGCAGCUUGUAUGAUUCAUACAGCAGAAACCAGAUAUAAUGAUAUCAGUGGGAAAGUUGUAGCAGAUCUAGGAUGUGGUUGUGGGGUGUUGUCAAUUGCUGCUUCACUUAUGGAAUGUGAUUUCUGCUUUUCAAUAGAUAUAGAUGAAGAUGCAUUAGAGAUUUGCUAUCAAAACUGUGAAGAAUUUGAAGCAUGCAACAUUGAUUUAAUUCAAGCUGAUGUGGCCUUUGCAACAGAAAUAGUUGGAAAAUCUAACAGGAAUAUUGACACAGUUAUAAUGAAUCCUCCAUUUGGAACUAAGAACAAUCAGGGUGUUGAUAUGAUGUUCUUGAACAUUGCAUCUAAGAUGGCUAAGCACACAAUUUAUUCUUUGCACAAGACAAGUACAAGAUCUCAUGUCUUCAGGAAGGCAAAAGAAUUUGGACUCCAAGCAGAAGUGGUUGCUGAACUGAGAUAUGAUCUUCCUUCAUCUUAUAAGUUCCACAAGUCGAGAACGAAAGACAUCGAAGUUGAUUUCAUACGUUUUGAGAUUGUAUGAAAUUGUCAUUCAGUUAGUGAAUUGUACACAAUAACACUUGCUGCACCAAGGGAAACUAAAACUGCUGUAGAAUAUGCAAGUACGGCAUUGAAACCAUCAACUUCUGACGGAUGAACUCUAGGAAAAAGAGACAGUUUAUUAAAUUUCUGGGUCACACAAUUGGUCGGAAAAAAAUAAUUCUGUGUUGUCA